GGUCGAAAUAUUUAGUUUUCGAAUCACUGUCAUCUUAUUUCUCCAAUAAUAAGAUUGUUUUUCAUUUAUUUAAAUCGUUAAUAAAUAUAAAUUGAUUGAUUAACGAUUUAAAAGCGUAGACUGAUGUACGUUUACUGUAUAGGUACAUAACAUAGAUAUUAAAGUCUCUCCAUAACUUAAAACAUUUAGUUAAUAAUUCUUAUAUUUAUAUUUUAAAAAUGCACUUUUAAAAAUGUUAUAUUACAAAUCUAUAACAUUCAAUUUGUUUUAUAUUUUCGUUGUAUCCUUCAUUUCAGUCCCAUGUAAGUAUUAAACAUUUAUUACAUUAUCAUACUUUGGUUUCAAAAGUUUAGUUAAUAAAUCAUACCUAUGUGUUAUUGUUUUAUCAUAAAUAAUAUAAAUUAAACAUAAUACAUUAAAUUAAUAUUGUUUUUAAAUACUUAAUUUUACUAAUAACUUUGGAUAUUUCACAUAUUUAAGUUUAAUUUUACUAUUUAUGGACACUAUUAUAUCUAAAAAUGUAAAUAGUCCAUUGUUAUUAUAUUUGAGUUGGUAAGUAAAAUAAAUCAUGUAAUAAUAUUUCGUAGUUCCCCAAUGUUUUAUAGUUUGACAACAAAUUUAUAUUAUGUAGUUUUGUUCAUAUUUUUAAACUUAUUUAUAUUAUUUAAUGGUUUUAAAAUAUCUCUGAAGAGCAUAGUCACAAAUCCCUUAAAAACUUAGUCGCUACACCUCCCAUCCCACAAUUAAGUUAAUACAAAAUUUAUAUAAUACUAGUUGAAUAAUUCGGCUUCGCCCGUGUAUUGUAACAACGUGGAUUAUAUUUUAGUAUUUCAAAGAAAAAUUCUAAGAGACAAUUCUUAUCGAAGAAAUAUUGAAAUAUAAAUAUAUAUAUAUCCUAUAUUACUAUAGUUUAGCUGUUUAGUUGAAAAAAAUGUUUUUGAAUCAUUUUACAUUUUAUUAUUCUUAUUAUUACUGUUGUUACUGUUAUUGUUAUUAGAAGGCAUAAUUGCACAGAAAUGGCAUUGAAAUUAAAUUAAAUGAAUUUAAAUUUGUUGAGCAUUGAUCAGUAAUCAAAAUUCCAAUAAAAUUAACAAACAAUAUUCAGUAGAUACCAUAGAUACUUCAUAAUCAACAAAAAUUAUACCACAAAAUACUAAAAUCCCUGUGUCAGCUAUCCUUAAGGAGUUGAAUUCUAGAAAUUUCAAUAACUUUAAACCUUGUCCAAACCACGCAGAAUAUUUUGCAAAAAACCCUGUUAAAAUCGGUCCAGUAGUUUUCAAGUUUAUAAAGAACAUACAAACAGACAGACUUUCUUUUUUUAUGUAGAGAGAUUAUGGGAUCUCAUUAAAUAUCUUUGAUUCCCCCCAAAAAAUUGGACUAUUUGUACCUAUGCUAAAGAGAAAAAUAUACCUACAUUUUAAAUAAUAAAUUAUGAUAUUUGUCUGAUUUGUUUGAAUUAAACUCGAAUAAUUUUACCCGAUCUAUUCAUAAAAUUAAAAUAUAAAUGGUUCACAAAAUGAAUUAAAAUAAACAUUGUUUUAGAUACAAAUGGGAAUAGUAUUAAUGAAUAUAGAAAAAUGUUUCCAAAACUUGGUGAAAAUGUUACAUUAAAAUGUGAAUUCAAUAAUAUGAUAAAUUCUACUGUCUUUUGGAAUAUUCAUCAUAAAGAAUUGCCCGGCCGAGCUAAAAUUUUAAAAAAUGGAAAUUUAUUUAUAUCAUCAUUUAACACAACAGAUGCUGGUAUUUAUAUUUGUGAUCGUGCAGCUGGAAAUGAAACAUCAAUUGAAUUUGAAUUAAUAUCAAAAAGCAAGUAUUAUAAUUAUUAAUUUCAUUUCUAAAUAUACUAAACAUAAUUUAAAUAAUUUCAGGUAUACCUGGGUCCUUAUUAGAUGUAAAAGUUAUUCCUUAUAGUGUAUUAAUACUCAUCACAUGGAGGGAAAUAGAGAAUAAUGAUACAUAUCCUGUUAAAUAUAUAACGAUUAGGUAUAGAAUAGUAGAUGGUGGUUAUGCUAGUAAUAGUUGGAAUGUUCUCAAAGUGAAUCCAUCUAAGGUAAAAUAAUUUAUAUAAAUGUACAGUAAUAUUUUGCUAAAUGCUUAUCCACUUUAUAAAAUGUUUAAAAAAUAGUCUAGAAAUUAGUUAUAACUAGUGCAGAUAUUUAUAUGUUUUUGCAUGUUUUUAUUGGUUUAUCAAAAAUUUUGCUAGUUUAUACCCAAAGAUUUUGAAUUCUGAGUAGAGCGAAGAAAACCUUAUGGUUUUACAAAGAUCUUUUUUUUUUUUUUUUGGACAACUUUUCUACCAGUAAUUUUGCUUUAAUAAGCAGCACUUUUUCUAAAAGGAAAUCUGACUAUGGGGGUACUUUAGAAAGGUCAUUAUUCAAUUUUCUCAGGAGUUUUAUCAACAAACUAGAAAAACUGGGAAAACCAGAAAAUAGGUACAAUAUUAAACAAAUAUUUUAAAAAAUAUAUAUAUUAUGUCUAUGUAAUUAUUUUACGAUAAUAUAACAUACAUAUUGUUAUUAUUAUUAUUAUUGUAUAUUAUGAAAGCAUUACUUCUAGAUUUUUGUUCCAAAAUAAAAGAUAAUAUAAUAAAAUAUAGUAAAAUUAGUGAAUAUGUGAGUAUUAAAAAUUAAAUAACAUGUUAAAUUAUUGAGUGAUUUAUGUUAACUGUAAGAUGAUUUGGAAGUUUGUAUGAUACUUUUUUCUUUAUAUAGUUGUAUGUCAAGUGCUUUUAUCCAAUUAAUAAUAUAUAUUGUUGACAAAGCAGCACUAUCAACUAAACUCUGUUCAGAAUUGUUUUUUCGUUAGCAAUGGUUUAUUAUUGCUUAUAGAUAUACAUUAAAUUUCUUCUCUAUUACCUUCCCAAGUUUUCACCUACAAGAGUGGCUGCACCCGUCAUCCGCAUGCAUAGUUGCCUGGCUUUAUUCAUAACUGAAGUUAUCUAGGGAAUAACCUAACCGAGUUACACAAUAAUAUUGGUUUUCACAUGGAUUAUAAUAAAAUUUGGAUACAUUAAAAUGUUCAGAAAAAUAAUCUUUACAGAAUGGCUAUCUUAAAAUUUCCAAAAAUAAUAAAAUAAAAAGUUAUUUAAAAAAAAAAAUUAUUUCAAAUAUUUGUAGUCUCUUCCCUGUGAGUAAUAUAAAAAAAAAAAACAGAAUUUGAUUAUCUUUAUUAUCUCUGGAGAUAUUGAAAGGGGUAUAUCUUCGUGAGACAGCUUGUAUAUACAAAAUUUUACUUUGCAUUUUUAGGAUUUUGUAAAUUUUUAUCUUAAAAAUAGAGAAUUAAAAUACAUGAUCUAGAUUUAUAAAUAUCAACAGGUAAGCUGUUAAUGUUAGUACCUAUAUUUUAAUUAAAACAUUUAUUUUUUUUAGGACAUUUUUCAAAUUUUAAAUUACAAUAUAAUAAUAAAAUAUUAAAUCUUUUUGUUGGGUUUAACUAAUAAUAAAAACAAAUUUUCAUUUUGUUUGUUUUUUAGGGUAUAACAUAUCUGCUUUAGUUAUAACUACCUAAAAUAUACAGUAAAACUUCCUUAUAACAGAAUCGUUCAGUACCAAGUGAUUUUUUCACUGUAAAAGAGUUUCUGUUAUGGGUAGACUAAAAUUUUAUGGGAUAUAAGUUCUGCAGAACUGUUGUUGUUUUCCAUUUAAGGAAAUUUCUGUCUUAUAGAAGUUCCCUUAUAAAGAGAUUUUACUGUAUAGAUAGUCUAUUGUAUAUUAUUUAUCAGAAUAUUAAUACAGUAUAGUUUAUGUUUAUAAUUACCGAAAUAAAUUAGAAUUUAUACUGCCGUAAAUUAAUAAAUAUUUUUUUUUGUCUACUGUUUAUAUAUUUUUAGGUUCAGAAAGAAAUUUAUUCAUUGCGUCCAAAUACACAUUACAAAAUUCAACUUUCGGUCAGUAAUGAAAUAGGUGAAGGUGCAAUAACUGAAUUAACUACUAAAACAUUAAAUGAUUUGACAGAGACUGGUAAAAUAUUACUUCUGUUAAUUAUAUUAUUAAUAAUUAAAGUACCUAACUUGUGAUGUUAAAUAAAAUAUUAUUUUUUUAAAACUAUCCCAAUUUUAAGUUACAUUUUUAAUUACUUUAUUUUUAACCAAAUAAUAUUUUGUAUUUUUAAUUUAAUUAUGUUAGGAAUUUUUCAUCUUUUCUUUUCAUUUCAUAAAAUAAUAAAAAAAGACAAUUUUUCAUAAACUACAAGUGUAUCUAAAGAUCUACUUAUGAUUUUUUCCACUGGUUUUUUUUUUUUUAUAUAAUUUGUAAGUAAUUGGUACAACUUUAUAUUCAAAUUCCUUUCAAUGUAUUUUGGAUCACUUUUACACUACGAAGAAGUGUUUGAAAAAAAAAUUAAUCUUUCAAUUUUUUUUAAAUUUGUAUUGUUUAAUAUUUCUAAAUUUUCUUGUUUACCAAAUUUCAUAAGUGGUUUUUUAAGAUGUCUAUAUUAACUUCUUUAAUACUUAACUACAUUUUUUUUAUUUUUUUUUAAAUUUAUGAUAUUAUUUUAUCUUUUACAGCUGAUUUUGAAUUAUUAAUUUUAUUGUAUUUAUUUAGAGUUGGAAAAACACCUUUUGGAAGGAAUUGAUACGUUUGAUACCAGAGCAUGGACAUUUGCAGUAAUAGUAAUUAUGAGUACAUUCAGCAUUUUUGGAAUAGCAUUAUGUUGCUUAUUUAUUAAGGAUCCUAGAAUGCAAAAAAGUAAGUAUGACAGUUCAUACAUUUAGGUUCCAAUAAGUUAUAUUUUUAUUUUUAAAAACCAUUUUUAGUUAUUUAAAUUUAAAUUAUUAGUGAUUAAUUGUAUGUGUUUGAAGUAGGUACUGUCAAAUAUAUGGUACAUAGAGAUAAUUGUAUUUAAGUGACAGGCAAGAUUUUGAAGCCAUAUUUAUUAAUUUAAACUUCUUUUAAAAUGGUCACAUUUGACAUGUACAAUUAAAUUUGUUUUUAAUUAUCUAAUAAUUUCUUUUUUCAUUUUGAUAACCUUACCUAACCUGGUCAAUGAUGGCUAAAAUUGUAAAUAUAUUUGUUAAUACGCAUUUAAUUUUCAAAUGUAUUAAAAGUAUUGCAUUGUACAAAUAUAAUAAUAUUAUAAUAACAUAAUUUUAUAAUUACUUUAUAUUUUUAUUAAAUCAGGUUUGGAAGACAGUGAUGAUAUUGAACGAAUUGAGUUAAUACCAAAUAUUACUAUAAAUCCUGGUUAUUGUGAAACAUAGCUAAGAUUUGAAUAUACUGACACUAAUUUUUAAGUCAGUAGCUUCUCGAAUAUUUAUAUAAAAAAAAAAAUUUUGUUUCAAAAUUAAAAUGUAUAUUAUCAGGUUUGUAUUUUAAGACAUAUUUUAAAUGCAGUUUUAGUUAGAAGGAAGAUUAUAAUUAUUAUUACACUAAAAAUAUUAAGUAACUAUUUGAAAUUUAAAUAACUUGGGAAAGAUAAUGUUAUUAAAUUGUUUUAUUUAAAAAAGGUGCUUUAAAGUUUAGGGUGCUUAUUUAAUAACAUGUAGAUAUAUUUUAUUUUGAACAACUACACAAUAAAAUUACAGGGUUAAUUCAUUUAAUUUUAGUAUUAAACUACUAAUUUAUUUACAAAAUAAACAAUAAAAUAAAUUAAAUAUGUUUAGUAUGUUCUAUAGUUUACAGGUAAUAUUCAUACAAAAAUUAUAAAUCUCUUGAAAAUUAUAUGUCAUAAAUUAAAAUUGAUUCUAUUCAAACUAGAGUAAUGUUAUAUUGUUUAGUUUUAAUUAAUAUUGUUUUAUUAUAACAAUAAUGUAAUCUUGAUGUUUUAUGACAUUUCUUAUGUCAAAUAACUUAUUACAAUGCCAAAAUCUAUCAUUUGUAGACUACAAACAAUUGUUUAACAAUAAAUUAUGCGCCCUAACUAUCAAAUUUAUCUAAAGUAUGUCAAAUAUCCCAUAGUAACUAACAUUUUUGACAUCGCAUUAUAAAUAUCAAAAUCUAUCAUCUACUAUUUAUUAAGUCUUUUAUACAUUUCUUAAUCUGUUUUUAUUUCAAAUGUUUUGUAGUUAUUGAUUCUUCAAAUGCUUCUUUGUAUGUUUAACCAUUAUGAAUUUUUUUUUUCUAUACAUUUGGCUAACGAAAAAUUACUAGUCAUUUUUACUCGACAAAACGAGGUUCUAAUUACCUUUGUUAUAAGACUGCACAUGCUUCAUUUCCAUACUGCCAUGCAUUUGUUUUUUUUUAAUCUUAUGCACAAAGGUAGCUAUUGGUUUUAUUGUGUGAUUUAGGUUAUGUGAAUUAUAUUGUGUUUUUACCCUUCUAUUAUUUGUUUGAAUUGAUAUAUACAACUCAUUUAAUAUUGUCUAAGAAUAAUAAUAUAUAUUAUAUUAUUAACGAUAUUGUAUCCAUUAUACAUUAAGUGAAUCAUAAUCAUAAAAAACAUAAAUACAAUCAUAUUAGUUACAUAAUAAUAACAACUUUUGUAUGAUUUGUAAAUAAUUAAUAUCCAUAGAUCCGUAUUAUUGUAUUAGUUGUGUUUAAAUAUUAUGCAAUCAUAUCAACUUUGUAAAUUAAAAGACUAGAUAUAAAUUAAAAGCAAAUUUAACAAAAAUUGAAUAGAAUAUAAUAUUAUUUUUAAUGAAGAAAUAUAUUUAGUUUUUCAUAACAAGAAAAAAAACUUAUUUUUGAUUUCAUAUUUUGCAAUAUUAUUUAUUAAUUCAAUUUUUGUUUAUUUUGUAUUGAUUUUUAAAUGUAUUUUGUAUUGUUUUUUAUUUAACCUUACUUUAUUUGUUAUUGUUUUGUUAUUUUUUUUUUUUUUACAAUAUUAUGUAAUACUUAAUUUUUAAUAAAUAUGUAUUUUUUUUUUUUAUUAUUUUAUGUUAUUUAACUUUUGUUUACCAGAUUAAAAUAUUACCAUGAUAUUAAUUUUAAUAAUAUAAAUAUAGCAAACCUCUAUGACACUAUUGAAUGUAAUAUAUCUCUGAACGUAAUUAAAUGGUUGGGAAAUGUAGGGUAUUAAGUUUAUGUUUAAUACUAAAUUAAGUAACUGACAAAUCUGGAAGGACCCUGCAUUUGAUUUAAAAAUGUUUCUAAACAUUAAUAUUUCAUUCCCCAUUUCAUCCCAUUCUUAAAAAAAAAUAUUUCCAUACAUAAAUUUGAGUACAUAUAAUUGACUUAUUUUUAAAGUUAAAAUAUUUCAGGGUAUAAUACAUUUUAUUUGUGUGAAGUUGUAUGGUUUUAUUUUUUGAAAAAUGUAUUUUUUUUUAAAAAUCAAAAAUGGAUUUAUUGUUUUAACUAAUAUUAAGAAUUUUAGUUUUAUUAUUGUCAAAUAACUCAUAGGAUAUAAUCAGGUGCUUCAUUUUUUUUUUCUAUCAAAAGUAACUAGAUAUUAAUUUAUUAUUAACUGAUUUAAGUCUGGAAUAGUGAUUUUUGUGUGAUUAUUAUGAAGUAAUUUUGUUCUUAUAUUAGUUUUGUAUGUUUUUUUUUUUAAUAAACC